GGCCCAGCGAGGAUCCGGGCAGCCGCAUCCCUAGUCACCCGCCUCUGCCCGAUUUCCUGAGUGCACGGCAUGAACCGCAAGAAGUUGCAGAAGUUGACGGACACCUUAACUAAAAAUUGCAAGCAUUUAUUCCGAGGUUUUGAUAAAGACAAUGAUGGUUGUGUAAGUGUAUCAGAGUGGGUAUAUGGAUUAUCACUGUUUCUUCGAGGAACUUUGGAAGAAAAAAUGAAAUAUUGCUUUGAAGUGUUUGAUUUGAAUGGUGAUGGAUUCAUUUCAAAGGAGGAAAUGUUCCACAUGUUGAAGAACAGCCUUCUUAAACAGCCAUCUGAAGAAGACCCUGAUGAAGGAAUCAAAGAUUUGGUUGAAAUAACACUUAAGAAAAUGGAUCAUGACCAUGAUGGGAAACUGUCCUUCUCAGAUUAUGAACAAGCUGUGAGAGAAGAAACUCUUCUACUGGAAGCUUUUGGACCAUGUCUACCUGAUCCAAAGAGCCAAAUGGAAUUUGAAGUCCACAUAUUCAAAGAUCCAAAUGAAUACAUUGAUAUGUGAAUAACUAAAUGUCUGUGUUGCCUCAAAUGAGUAUAAAAAAGGAGGUGUCUAUGUAUUGUAUAUAUAUGUUUUUUAUUUAGAAAGAUGAUAUUGAAUUGUGUGUUUGGGUGGGGGAUGUUGUUCACUUACAUAUA